AUGGCAUCCAUCGCGGAGGGCCUCUUCAAGUCUCUUCCCAAGCCGAAGUACACCGGUGAAGAGGAGGAGCUGCCACAACAUGCACAACCUCGAGGUCCGCGGGUCGUAGGCCCAGGACAACUCGACGAAACACAGAUUGUUCUCCGGAGGACCGGCCCUCCUCCCUACCAGAACCGAACCGGAUGGCGGCCCCGCGCCCCCGAAGACUUUGGCGAUGGCGGCGCGUUCCCCGAGAUCUUGGUCGCACAGUACCCGCUCGACAUGGGCCGGAAGGGCACAUCGUCGACUUCGAACGCGCUUGCCGUGCAGGUCGAUGCCGAGGGAAAAGUCAAAUACGAUGCUAUUGCGCGCCGCGGCCACAGCGACAACCGGAUCGUACAUGCCUCCUUUAAGGAUCUGAUUCCGCUUCGUCAGCGCGUUGAUAUGGGUGAGGUGUCGCUGGAUCGGCCCUCGGAGGAAGAAGUUCAGGCGCAGAUGGAGAAGACCAAGAACGCCCUGGCCAGUCUGGUGGAGGGUGCAGCAGCGGCGCAGAAACCGAAGAACGUCAAGGGCGGUCGGAGAGCGGAGCCUACGUUUGUGAGAUAUACACCUGCGAACCAGAUGGGUGAUACGUCGCGGAAGAAUGAUCGGAUUAUGAAGAUCGUCGAGAGACAGCAGGAUCCGAUGGAACCGCCCAAGUUCAAGCAUAAGAAGAUUCCUCGCGGCCCGCCUUCGCCGCCUCCGCCUGUCAUGCAUUCACCGCCUAGGAAACUCACGGCUGAGGAUCAGGAGGCAUGGCGUAUCCCGCCGCCGGUGUCGAAUUGGAAGAAUCCGAAGGGUUACACGGUUCCGUUGGAUAAGCGGUUGGCGGCUGAUGGACGCGGGUUGCAGGACGUGUCGAUUAAUGACAAGUUUGCGCAGUUUGCCGAGGCGCUGUUUACGGCGGACCGACACGCAAGAGAGGAGGUGAGGCUGCGUUCCCAGAUGCAGCAGAAGCUGGCGGAGAAGGAGAAGGCACAGAAGGAGGAUCAUUUGCGGGCGUUGGCCCAGAAGGCCCGCGAGGAGCGUACGGCUGGCAGUCGGCGCGAUUCUCGUGCGGGAUCUCGCUCGCCAUCACGCAGUGUCAGCCGCAGCCCAUCGCCGUACUCGGCCAGUGAGGAUGAGGAUGCUGCCCGGGAGCGGGAGCAGCUGCGUCGUGAGCGUCGCCAAGAAGCCGAACGGCAGCUUCGACAGUCCCGGAUGGGUACCGAGCGACGGAUCCAGAUGAUGGCACGGGAGCAGAAUCGGGAUAUCUCGGAGAAGGUGGCGUUGGGGCUGGCCAAGCCGUCGCAGGCGUCCGAGUCGAUGUAUGACUCACGUCUGUUCAAUCAGACGAGCGGUAUGGACACGGGGUUCAACGAGGACAAUCCGUAUGACAAGCCGCUGUUUGCCGCGCAGGACGCCAUCAACAGCAUCUACCGUCCACGGGCACAGGCCGAUGACGACGACAACGAGGGAGCCGAGGGCGAAAUGAGCAAGAUCCAAAAAUCGAACCGGUUUGAGGUCUUGGGCCGGGCGAAGGAGGGAUUCCGGGGUGCUGAAUUAGCUGAGGCUCGCGAUGGCCCCGUGCAGUUCGAAAAAGACACCACUGACCCCUUCGGCAUCGACAGCAUGAUCGCCGACGUCACGGGCGGAGGCGGAUCCGGUGCCGGCCAGAAGCGCUAUGGCAUUCAGGAAGUCGACCGUUCGGAACGGGGCUCUAAACGGGCGCGUGUCGAUGACGAUUAA